UCAUACGCUGACCCAAACGUGAAACAUUUUAUUUUUUCAAUUAUUUAUGAAUGUAAUUGUUUUUCCAUGUUACAAAUGCAUCAAAUUCCCGCAUAAGGGGUCAAAGAAGACGUUCUGACUGAGAAAAAGUCCUCUUAAAAAAAUUCAUAGAAUAAAAAUCGCGAUAAAAGAGCGCAUGUUUCAAUGUUUUUAUGUUUCACGUUGGACGCUAAAGGGUUAACUCAAUUUUCUUCGCUCUAGUGCAAUUUUCCGGCUCUUUUCAGCCGCAGAGGGCUUCUUUGGGGCCCCCUGCACCUGUUCCUUGGAUUAUUGGGGUUUUCCGGUGGGUUUUCGGAAUGUCAAUGAAGCAGCCGGCUCUUACGCUGAAGCAGUUUAUGCUGCGUCAGGAAGUUCUGCGGCUCUAUCGUGAAAUCUUCCGGACAAUUCGUCGUGUCCCCGAUCCGGGGAGUCGCACGGAACUCCAGGAAUGGGCUAGGAGGGACUUCCGCGGUAAUUCCCAUCACACAGAUGAAACAACCAUUAAGAUGAUGCUCCAGUAUGGACGUCGGAGUCUAACGGAGCUGCAGAAUAGCUUGAAUUUGAGUGGAAACAAAUAA